GAUUUGUUUCUGCUCUUAUACCGGCUCGAUAAAUUGCAUGUGCUUUGAUUUCUUUUUUUUUCCCUUUCUCCUUCUUACGUGUCCUUACGCGCCUUCGUUAUCUAUACCAAUCGCGUGGGCCAGCUGUGUUUGUCCGUGUUUUGCCUGAGGAAGUGUUGAAAAAUUCUGUGAUAUCAAAAUGUCAACUAAUAUGAAGGCAAAAGAGAUACGACAAGCUUACAUUGACUUUUUCAAGAGUAAAGGUCACGAAUAUGUGCAUUCAAGCUCCACAAUACCUCACGAUGAUCCUACUUUGCUUUUCACAAAUGCUGGAAUGAAUCAGUUUAAACCAAUAUUCUUAGGAACAGUGGACCCUAACAGUGAUAUGGCAAAAUGGGUGCGUGUGGUGAAUAGUCAGAAAUGCAUCAGAGCUGGUGGUAAGCACAAUGAUCUAGAUGAUGUUGGUAAAGACGUUUAUCAUCAUACUUUCUUUGAAAUGAUGGGAAAUUGGUCUUUUGGAGAUUAUUUUAAGAAAGAGAUAUGUACUUGGGCUUGGGAAUUCUUAACAGAUGUAUUAAAACUAUCAUCUGAUAGAUUGUAUGUGACAUACUUUGGAGGUGAUGAGAAGAAUGGAUUGGCUCCAGAUAUUGAGUGCAAAGAAUUAUGGCUUUCUUUAGGAGUUCCUGCCUCGCAUGUUUUGCCAGGAAAUAUGAAAGACAAUUUUUGGGAAAUGGGUGAAACUGGUCCUUGUGGACCAUGCAGUGAACUACAUUAUGAUCGUAUUGGUGGUAGAGAGGCAGCUCAUCUUGUAAACAUGGAUGAUCCUGACGUAUUGGAAAUAUGGAAUCUUGUGUUCAUUCAAUACAAUAGGGAAUUAGACGGCAGUCUUAAAUCAUUACCGAAGAAACAUAUAGACUGUGGCUUGGGUUUGGAACGAUUGGUAUCGGUAAUUCAAAAUAAACGUGCCAAUUAUGAUACCGAUUUAUUCAUACCUUUGUUCGCCGCAAUCGAGAAAGGUACAGGCGCCCCGCCUUACCAAGGCAAAGUAGGAGCUGACGAUAUUAACGGAAUCGAUAUGGCAUAUAGAGUUCUUGCCGAUCAUGCUCGAACCAUCACGAUUGCUUUGGCAGAUGGAGGAAUGCCUGAUAACACUGGUAGAGGAUACGUUCUAAGAAGAAUUUUACGACGCGCCGUACGCUACGCCACUGAGAAAUUAAACGCUAAGCCGGGAUUUUUCGGAUCUCUAGUGAAUGUAGUUGUAGAUCUUCUUGGUGAAGUUUUUCCGGAAGUAACGAAAGAUCCGCAAAGCAUAAUAGAUAUUGUGAACGAGGAAGAAGCUCAGUUUUUGAAAACCUUAUCUCGCGGUCGUAAUUUGUUGAACCGAACGAUAGCAAAGUUGGAGUCGACCGAUAUCGUGCCAGGUGAUGUUGCGUGGCGUUUGUACGAUACUUAUGGUUUCCCGAUAGAUCUUACUCAAUUAAUGACAGAGGAAAGAGGAUUGAAAAUCGACAUGAUAGGAUACGAAGAAUCUAAGAAACAAGCGCAGUUAAUUUCUCAAAAUAAAGCUGGUGGAGUAGAUGAUCAAAUUAAUUUGGACGUUCACGCCAUCACCGAGUUGCAACAGCAAGGUAUCGGACCCACAGAUGAUUCACCUAAAUACAAUUAUAAAGUGAUCAAUUCCGCUAAAUAUAAGGAAUACGAGUUUGGAACGUGCAUCGGUACUGUAAUCGCGCUUAGACGCGCCAAGACUUUCGUCGAUGAGGUAUCUUCCGGCGAAGAAGUCGGAAUUCUACUGGAUAAGACGAAUUUUUACGCGGAACAAGGUGGCCAAAUAUACGAUGAAGGCUUUUUAGUGAAAGUUGACGAUGAGGCUACAGAAAUUCGCAUAAAAAACGUCCAAGUCCGAGGCGGUUAUGUGUUACAUAUUGGCACCGUGGGCGAAGGCACAUUGAGAAAAGGAGAUAAAGUCCACACAAACGUCGAUACAACACGUAGACGGCUUGUAAUGGCUAAUCAUAGCGCUACGCAUGCCCUGAAUCACGCGCUCAGAAAAGUGUUGGGAACAGAAGCUGAUCAGAAAGGAUCGUUGGUUGCACCUGACAGGCUACGUUUUGAUUUUACGAACAAAGGACCGAUGACAACAGAACAAGUGGAAAAUACGGAAAAUAUUACCAACGAUAUGAUCAAGGAAAAUAAGAAAAUUUAUGCUAAGGAAAGUAACUUAGCUUUGGCGAAAACAAUUCAGGGCUUGCGCGCGAUGUUCGAAGAAACGUAUCCCGAUCCGGUGCGUGUCGUCAGUAUGGGCGUGCCAGUAGAGAAUUUAGAAAAAGAUCCUCUAAGCACAGCUGCUCUCGAAACCAGCGUAGAAUUUUGCGGCGGAACUCAUUUGCAUUACACUGGCCACAUAGGUGAUUUCGUAAUAGCCAGUGAAGAUGCUAUCGCCAAAGGUAUCAGACGCAUAGUGGCGCUUACCGGACCGGAAGCGGCUAAGGCUCUCAAAAAAGCGACGUUGCUACAAAAUCAAUUGACUCAACUUCAAUCGACGAUCGAAGCCGAUAAGUCUGGAACAAACUCCAAAGAAUACGUGAAGAAGAUAGUAGAAUUGACGGAAGACAUAUCGCAUGCUGUUAUUUCAGGAUGGAGAAAGGAUAAGAUGCGCGCUAUGUUGAAGGAAUUAAAGAAAUCGCUCGAUGACAAAGAGCGAGCAGCGAAAGCAGCUAUUGCUAACACAGUCGUGGAAACUGCUCAAGCCAUAAUACAGUCUAAAGUCGGAUGCCAGGUGUUAGUCGAGGUUCUAGAAGCACACAGUAAUACGAAAGCUCUAGAUUCAGCAUUGAAGAAAAUUCGAGCUAUAUCGCCGGAGACCAGCGCUUUGCUUGUAAGCGUCGAUCGCGACGCCAAGAAGAUAUUUGCUCUCAGUUCUGUUCCAAAGUCCGCGGUAUCCAAAGGACUGAAAGCCAAUGAAUGGAUUCAAGCGAUCACAUCUGUAAUGCAAGGCAAAGGAGGCGGGAAAGCUGAAUCCGCGCAAGCCUCGGGCAGUAACAUAGCAGGUCUGGACGAAGUAGUAAACAAAGCAACUGAGUUUGCUAAUCAGAAACUUGGUAUUAUAGACAAUAUUAUUGCUAAGAAUACUUGUAAAACUUUAGAAAAUGACGUUCGGUCACUCGAUAUGGAAACUCCGUCAAAACAAAACGCAAAAUUGGUACUUCACGCGAACAAAUGGAGCACGAAGUGCUAUUUGGCAGAAAUAACCGCGCAAUAUAGCGGCAAAUGUUUGACCGUUAAACAAAUUGAAAACGAUAAAAACAAUUCUAGCGAUAUAAUAUUAGAAACAACAGACGUUACGUUAAGCGAAAGCAAUGCUAUUGCAUACUUUUUAUCAAAUUCACAGCUGCGGCGUGAAGACGAUUUGAUUGCGUCCAGUCAAGUAUUCCAAUGGAUGAUUUACGCGAGGAAUCAUAUUUUACCGGCAGCCAGUACUUGGAUACUCUCCAGUAGUGAUUUUCCUGUAUCGAAAGGCAUGAGACCGAAUGUAAAGGCAACGGAGGAUUCGAAAGCGGACAUUCUUUAGACUCUAAAACGGUUCAACGACUUAUUAUGUGCAAAAACAUAUUUGGUAGGAGAAAGGACCAGUCUUGCGGACAUAUCGGUCUUCACCGCAUUACUACCUUUGUAUGAACACGUGCUGGAUCGUCAGCUUAAAAGUCAAUACGCAAAUUUAAAUAGGUGGUUUUCAACGAUCUUGAACCAGCCGCAAGUGAAGUGCGUGAUA